GUAUGCGAAAAGCUUUUAAAGCCAAGAUUGAAAAAAAUGGAACAAUUGAAACUCGUAGUCGAUGUUAUACAGUUGAGGCAUUAAUGCAAGGCAGUUUUCACAAGUACAAUGGUAAUAACA